AUGUAUUCAACAACGGUUUUACUUCUCACUUUGGGCCUCUUCGCUACCAUGGCUGUAGCACGUCCAGGACGCCGACCAUCGUCAGGUGAUCAUAAUCAUCACCAUGAAGAUGCUGACAAUGAAAUGUCGGGGGAACAUGGUGCGCACAAAUGGUCAACUUUUCGUGUGCCAAGUAGUAUUCGUAUCCCACGUGUGUUUGCAGAAAAGUUAGGACGGCCAUGGGUAACGUUUACUUCGAAGAAAAUCUUCGAUGGUAAAUAUCUGCUGAUCAGUCCAGCUCUGAUGUUCAGACUGAAGAAUACUCAUAACGAAACCGAUCCUGACAGGUCUACUACUCCAUCAAGUUCAACAACGGAAGAGUCAAUAGUGGAUGAAACCACAACCUCAACCAUUGAUGAAGAGUCCAUGACAACGAAAACAGAAGAAUCGGGCGAAGAAGAAACAAUGACAGCACGUCCACGUUUUUUCAGAAAACGACUCUUUGAAGACGAAGAUGAGCAAUUACUUUUUCUCGAUAGUAAAUAA